AUGGCUCUCCUCUGGCUGAUGAAGGGCCACGUCCACACCACUGUGGACAAAGCAGCAGGCAAGGGACGGGCACUGUAUCAAGUAUGCAGCAGCUCCUCCUCCUCACUCGUGCUCCACGUCCGGUACAGGCAGGCCAGCAGGUACUAUAGGCGUGCGGAGGCGGAGGAAGGGUCAAGUCACGAAGGAGGGAUCGAGGAGCCCGGAAAAGUCGCAUCCGUACGCGUAGACAUAAGAGUGAAGGUUGACAGGUCUGAGCAGUCUGUGGUGCCCUUUCGGCGGGACAGUCGUUCGUUGUCUGUUGACAAUUGCAGCUGGAAGUUUGCCAUUCCUUCAUUCUGGGCUGAUUCGUCACCCGACUCUGGCAGGACCUCAUUCUCUGGUCGUAUGCCUUUGCUUCUGCCUCCGUUCCGAGACUGGUCCCGUGGCCAGACUACCACAAGACCCGGGCACCGCGCGGGGGUGAGAGAGCCCAUCGAGAUGGAGCUUGCCCCCGGGUCUGCCGAAGUUGUGCCUGUUCCAUUCAGUCUUUCACCUCUCACACUGGGCGGAGGGCUGCAUUGA